AUGCUCACUGGUAAAGAUUUGGAUGAUGUAGACGUUAAAAUAGUCAAAUAUUUAGUUAGAGAUCCAACACUUUCUACCGAAAUACAGAAAUACAAAGUGGGGGAGCUGAAACAAGGUAAUGAAUCGCAUGCUUUGGAAGAACAUGAAGCCAGAUUCACGAACCUAGAACAGAAAGAUAAAGAAAAGACCACCCUUAUUGCUAAAUUAGAUGAUGAUAUCAGGGAAAUCAAACAGGAACAAAAUGCUAAAUUUUCGAUUGUUACGGAAGCUGAGAAGAAAAAAUGGGACCGUGAACAGUUCCUAACUGCCUUGGAAAAUGAUAAGAAAUUAUAUCGUAAAGUAAUAGAGAGAAAGAGAGAUGAUCCCCUUAUGAUCGAUCCUAGAAAAUAUUAUCCAUUUCUAACAGAUCGCGAUAGAUUGAUUGGUGAAGAGCUGAUGCGACGUAGUAUGAUAGAGCGCCGUUUUAAAACUGGAUGGUUAGAUGAUAAUAUAAAAAAAUGGGAAGAUACUCAUACCCAGUUUAUAGAAAUCUUUGCCUUAACCUAG